AUUGCACUAGUGAAAGAAUUUUCAAACCGAACCAGAUGAACUUGAUUACUAUCAACGGCGGAGAAUUCCCCAAGAGAGAGAUGAGGAACUGAUUUGGGAGUUAACCAAAACAACAAACAUCCUCAUCGUCACUUCCCAAGACCAAACACUGUCAGUUUAUCCAGUCUAUCGAUGUUGCCAAGGUAAGGCCCUUCUCUUUAUAUUGUCCCAAAACAAAUCGUAUCAAUUCAUUUUCAUCGUCUCAGUGGAAGAAGAAGAAGAAGAAGAGAGAAUUCUGUGAGAAGCAAUGGGGAGUACCUCAUCGAUGCUAACACAGUAUGACAUAGAAGAAGUACAGGAGCACUGCCAUAAUCUUUUUUCCCAGCAAGAAAUUGUUUCCUUGUACAAACGAUUUUGUCAGCUUGAUCGGAAUGCAAAGGGUUUCAUCUCAGCUGACGAAUUCUUAUCCGUACCUGAGUUAGCAAUGAAUCCAAUCUCUCAGAGGCUGCUUAAAAUGGUGGAAGGUUUGAACUUUAAGGACUUUGUGGCUUUCUUGUCAGCGUUUAGUGCUAGAGCUACUAUGCAGCAGAAAAUGGAAUUUAUCUUCAAGGUAUAUGAUUCAGACCGCAAUGGAAAGGUUUCUUUCAAUGAUAUAUUAGAAGUACUCCGGGAUUUGUCUGGUUCAUUUCUGUCUGACGAGCAAAGAGAGAAAGUUUUGACCCAAGUCUUGCAAGAAUCAGGAUAUUCAAGGGGAUCUUAUUUGACAUUAGAUGACUUCAGCAAGGUAUUUUACACUGUACGAUCAUAUGCAUAUUAUGUCGCAUGUAAUUGGCAUGAAAAGAAGGAGGUGGGUACGGUUGCUUCCAUUAAAAGACAUGGAAUGCUCUAAAUUGCUUAAUUAAUAUAACCAUAUAUCUAUCAUCUUUCUCUUUUCUCUUCCAUUUUUAAACACUUAGCAAAAGAAACAUGAGUUCAACCUGGUGAGUUUCCAGCUAGUCUUGAUGUGUUACUUUUGGAGACUUCAGGUUCAAUCAAAAUCAGAUUCCUGUGUGAGUAUAAAUAACCUUCCCCGGAAGUUAAUGAUAGAAAAAUGAGUCUCAAAUUAGAAGGAAUAAAAAAUCGUGUGAUUUAGUCUUGUGUGAGUGUGAACUGCUCUAUCUUGUAUAAGGGAUCAAUUGAACUAGAACUUAGGAGACUGGAGCUCAUCAAAUUUGGCAUGUAUACAUACGACAUCUCACUUCUAGCCAUGAGAAUCCUACACUACUUGCAUGUCCAUAAGAGUCUGUUUUUCUGUAUGUA